UAUUUUGUCAGUCUUGCGGCUCUUAGUGUGUUACAGUACAGUAGUUUUUCCCCCCCAGUUAAAUGUCUACACAGUAAAACGCGUUAUCAAUUCAGUAUGUCCUAAAAGGGCUUCCGUGACGCAUUAUCGGAUUAUAUUAGCAUGGGCUAAAACGAAUGCAUGCACAAAAAGAAAGGAGUUUUUUCUAGAUUGCCAAAUGUAUUGGCUGGUAGUUAGCUUACUAGCUAAGCUACAAAUAUGACAUUCUUUGUUAGCCAACCGGCUAAUUUCUAUGGGGCUCUUUAAGUUUGUUUAAACUUGACGUUUCCGGUAGGGAAUUUAUAUAUAUGUAUAUAUUUCUUUCUUUUUUCAUUUGUGUCGUGAAUAAUAUUCGCACCAGGGGACGUUUUCUUUCUUCCUGAAUGUGUGCAGCUUAAACAAUGAGGAACAAAGAACCCGAAAUUCUUGCGGAUUGUACCGACAACACAAUACCAGAAACUCCUGAGGCCAAGCGUCCGUGUAAACCCAGUGCUGCCAGAGCCUCCGAUCCUGUACUGGUGGACUCGUCCUCCGAUUCGGAUGUGGAGAUAUCAGGGAUCUCAAUGGGGCCGAGGAAGAUUACUGCGACGUCGACUCAGGACACGAUCUUGUUCUCUGACGAAGAGGACGAAGUAACAGAGGUGAAGAUGGAGACGUCGCACCACGAAGGACGGGAGACCAAACUUGAACAUCCUUCAUCGUUGAAGACGUCUGGAAACGGAGAUACAGUGGGUAAAAGGAGGCAGGAGGAGAUGUGUGAUGAUUCCCAGGAGAGUAACAAAAGUAGCAAGAAGAGGCGCGAGUCACUGACGGAUGAUUCGGCAGAUGAGGGACCUGAGCCCAGCUGGAAGGAGCAGGAGAGCAUGGUGAAGAAGCUGCAGCGUAAUUUCCCCCAUCUCAACAAGGAGGAGCUCAGGGACGUGCUUCAUGAACACAGCUGGGUCAUCGAGGACGCCCUGGAGGCACUGCGCAUGUUCUCUGAGCACGUGGUGGAGUUCAGCAGCGAUGACUCGGACUCAGAACCGCCUCCAUCUCCCGAACACAAAAACACAAAUCCGACUCCGAUCCCCAGCACGUCCGCAACGCAGCAGGUACCCCACAGACCCCUAAACGGAGACAGAGACACACGGAUGAGGAGGAGACGGCACACGAAAGAAAUCCAGAAGCGAGACAGCAGCUCAGAAGACGACGCUAGCGACUUCGAGGCGUCACCCAGACCCUUAGACUUGGACUCCGAUUCGGAUGAGACCGACGAGAAGCUUCCUAAACUAAAGGCUGAGAUCCUGGGCUUCUUCCAGAAGGCCACGGUCGACGAGCUGACGCUGAUCGCUGGCUGCUCUCUGAAGAAGGCUCAGAAAAUCAUCGAGCUGAGACCGUAUAAAAUGUGGAACGAUCUGGACGACGUCCUGCACAGAGGUAACGGCCUCUCUGCGGAGCUGCUCACCGGGUGUCGGGAGGUCCUCCGGGAGAGAGAGGUGGUACAGGGUCUCAUGGUCAGGUGUGAGGACAUUUCUAGAAAGAUGGCCGAAUGGGUGCAGAAGGGACUGGGAUCUAUGACGCAGCCACACAUCCUUAACAGCACGUUCCAGCUGAAACCGUACCAGUUGAUUGGCCUCAGCUGGCUGACCUUGCUUCACAAGAACCAGCUGAGUGGGAUCCUGGCAGAUGAGAUGGGUUUGGGGAAGACCAUCCAAGUCAUCUCGUUUCUGGCGCACUUGUAUCAGGAGGGGAACCGAGGGCCGCAUCUCAUCACCGUGCCUUCAUCCACACUCGAUAACUGGGUUCGAGAGCUGAACCUCUGGUGCCCGAGCUUAAAAGUGCUGGUUUACUACGGUUCUGUCGAGGAACGCAAGUGCAUCCGCUAUGAGAUCCUGAACGAAGAGGUGGACUAUAACAUCAUCGUCUCAACAUAUAACCUGGCCAUUGGGAACUCCAACGAUCGCAGCCUGUUCCGUAAGCUCAAGCUGGAAUACGCCGUGUUUGAUGAAGGACACAUGCUGAAGAACAUGAGCUCGCUGCGCUAUCGCCACCUUAUGGGCAUCAAUGCCAAAUAUCGGCUGCUGCUGACUGGAACGCCGCUGCAGAAUAAUCUACUAGAGCUGAUGUCUCUGCUUAACUUCAUCAUGCCGAACAUGUUCUCCAGCAGCACCUCGCAGAUCGCCAAGAUGUUCUCCAUGAAAUCCUCAGAGGAGCAGAGCAGCUUUGAGAAGGACCGGAUUGCUCACGCCAAACUCAUUAUGAAGCCGUUCAUCCUGCGGCGUAUCAAAAGCGAGGUCCUGAAGCAGCUGCCUGCCAAGGAGGAGCAGAUCGAGUUCUGCGCCAUGAGCGAGAGACAACAGCAGCUUUAUGACGCGCUGUUCAGCAAGCUAAAGUGCUCCAGCAACACAGAGAAACGGGAACUGACCAAUGUCAUGAUGCAGCUGAGGAAGAUGGCCAAUCACCCGCUCCUGCACCGACAGUAUUACUCCAGCAGUCUCCUCUCGGCCAUGAGCAGACUCAUGCUCAAGGAGCCGAGUCACCGUGACUCGGACCCGGUUCUGAUCGAGGAAGACAUGGCGGUGAUGUCAGACUUCGAGCUGCAUCGUCUGUGCCUGCAGUACCCUGCGCUACAAGAGCAUCAGCUGACCACAGAGCAACUGCUGGACUCGGGGAAGCUCCACCUCCUCACACCCCUUCUGACGGACCUCAAAGAACAGGGUCACCGAGUGGCCCUUUUCAGCCAGUUUACCAUGAUGCUGGACAUCCUGGAGGUGCUGCUCAAACACCACAAGCACAGGUACAUCCGAAUGGACGGCUCCACGCCAAUGAGUGACCGGAUCGUGCUGAUCGACCAGUUCAACACGGACCUCGACAUCUUUGUGUUCCUGCUGUCCACUAGAGCUGGAGGACUCGGCAUCAACCUGACCUCCGCGAACGUCGUCAUCCUGCACGACAUCGACUGCAAUCCGUACAACGACAAGCAGGCAGAGGACCGGUGUCACCGCGUCGGACAAACCAGGAAUGUUAAGGUGAUGAAGCUGAUAAGCAAAGACUCUAUAGAGGACGCCAUGCUCCGCAUCGGCCAGAGGAAACUCAAACUAGAGCAGGACAUGACCGCCACUGAAGAAGGUGACGAGGACACCAUUCCGGAUGAUAUGGCCUCUCUCCUGAAAGCUUCAUUGGGACUCUGAGGAGCAGAAGAACACUGGAUCAUCAGUACGUGUUAGUGAAAGUGUUCUGUUGCAUUUUUUUUUUUUUUUUUUUUUACUGAAGUACUGUAACACAAAUAAGUCUGACUGACUCGCUGUUAAAAGGUGCACCGAUCGUGUAAGUUUAUACUGGAGGUGUACGUUUAUACAUCUGGAAAUUUUCAACAUUCUGCGGAAAGUGCACCGUGAUUUCUGUUUGCAUUUCUGAAAGUAAGAAAGUAUUGUACUGUUUUUUAUUUUCUGUGUUUGCCAAAUGUUUAAAUAAUAAUAAUAAUAAUAAUAAUAAUAAUAAUAAUAAUAAUAAUAAUAAUAAUAAAAAGUUAAACC